UUAACAGCACACCAAUCACCUAAAAUAUGCUCUCUUUUGUCUCCUUCCAAAUAUAUUUAGUCCCCUUUUCUUUAUUAACUAAUCAACAUUUCAACAAACAUAACUCUAAUUAACAAACAAACCUUCUUCUUAAUUCUUCAUUCUCUUACCCUUGUUUUUUCAUUAGCCACAAAAUGACUAUUGAAGAAUCCGACCCGAUCCACAUCUCGGAUCACAUAUUAGAUUGGUUAGAAGAUUCGGAAUCGUUCCUAAACCCAAUAUUCUUCGAUGAUCCGUAUAGCUCGGACGAUAUCCGUAACCAAGAAUGGUGGAAUCAACCCGAAGAAAUUCAUCAAGAUUCAAUCAACAAUACCGAUACAACAAGCGUUGUCGUUGCGGAUGAUCAAGAUCACAUCAUAUCCGAUCGUUCGCAAGUUUCCAAUCCGACGAGAAAGCGGGAAGCUCCGGAUGACGACCCGAUUACGAAAAAAUCACAACAAAGAAAGAAACAGAAUAUUAAGAUUAGUAAUGAAAGUCAAGAAAAUGAUCAAGUAGCUGAAGUGGUGACAUGUAAGAAAUCAAAUGGGAACAAAAGAAACAGUAAUAAAACGGCAGGAAACAAUGGUAAUAACAAAGAAGGAAGAUGGGCAGAACAUUUACUGAAUCCUUGUGCCUUUGCCGUUACUACCGGAAACUUGUCGCGUGUGCAACACCUUCUCUAUGUUCUUCAUGAAUUAGCUUCCUCCACCGGAGACGCCAAUCACCGGCUAGCUUUUUACGGCCUUCGAGCCUUGACACGUCAUCUAUCAUCUUCUUCAACAACUUCUGCCGCUCUAGAUUCACCUAAAUCUUUCACAUCAACCGAGCCAAAGCUUUUUCAGCGAUCUUUAUUGAAAUUCUAUGAGGUGAGUCCUUGGUUUGCCUUACCAAAUAACAUAGCCAAUUCUUCAAUCCUUCAAAUUCUUUCUCAAGAACAUGAUGAUCUUAAGAAAAAUCUGCAUAUUCUUGAUAUCGGAGUUUCUCAUGGAGUUCAAUGGCCGACGCUUCUUGAAGCCUUGACACGCCGAUCAGGAGGUCCUCCUCCUUUAGUGCGAAUCACAGUCAUCACCGCCGCCGUCGAUCAAAACUCUGAGAUCCCAUUUUCAGUAGGUCCUCCCGGUGACAAUUUCUCUUCAAGAUUACUAACUUUUGCUAAGUCCUUAAACAUCAACUUGCAAAUCAAUAGAGUGGACAGCCAUCUUUUACAGAAUCUUGACGCGCAAGUAAUCAAUACAAAUCCUGAAGAAACCCUAAUAGUCUGUGCUCAAUUUAGACUCCAUCAUCUAAACCACAGCAGCCCAGAUGAGAGAACUGAAUUCUUGAAAAUAUUGAAGGAUUUAAAGCCAAAAGGAGUGAUUCUAAGCGAAAACAACACGGAUUGUUCCUGCAACAGCUGCGGCGACUUUGCGACCGGAUUUUCUAGGAGAGUGGACUACUUAUGGAAGUUUUUGGAUUCGAUCAGCGCGGCUUUUAAAGGCGGAGACAGCGAAGAACGCAGAAUGAUGGAAGGCGAGGCGGCUAAAGCGUUGACGAAUUGUGGGGAGAUGAAUGAAGGGAAAGAGAAAUGGUGUGAGAGGAUGAGAGGUGUAGGGUUUGUGGCAGAGGUGUUUGGAGAAGACGCCAUUGAUGGAGCUCGAGCUUUGCUGAGGAAGUAUGAUAGUAGCUGGGAGAUGAGAAUGGAUGAGACAGAUGGGUGUGUGGGACUGUGGUGGAAAGGGCAGCCGGUUUCUUUCUGUUCAUUGUGGAAGUUGAAUAAUACAGGAAAUGACAGUUAAUACCGUUAUAAUACUCUGUUUCUGGUGAGAUGCAUGAUUUUGUUUGCUGAUUUUUUGGUUGAAAUAGAAUCAAAUAUUUAACCAAAGCUGCCCAUGUUAAUUUUUUCCCACUAUUCAUGAUUGUGCUUUUUUGCAUAUUGUCCAUUAA